GUUGGAAAACAACACACGUCAUCACAAAGCGACGCGCCUGUCGCAUCGCACGCAGCGCUCCGCUUCGCGUCUACCGACAGGUAAACACGCGGCUGUGUUUACGUUGACGUCCCGCCCCGCGGAGGUUUCCCCAGAAGCUUCGGUCGCAUCAGCGAACAUCUUUGACGCCUCCGCACAUGAAGCGGCGCGCGCGUUUAGCCGCUAGCCGCUAGCCGCCGGCAGGAUGGAGGCGCUGCCCCAGCUUCCGCCCGAGGUCUGGCUCUGCGUGUUCAGCUACCUGGGCACGGAGGAGAAGCACGCCGUGCGCGUCUGCUGCCGGCACCUGAAGCGCCUGGCGGACCACCCGGCCCUGUGGCGGAACUACACCGUGCUGCUGUCCGACCUGCGCCGCUACACCUACGGCUUCUGGGACACGCUGAACUGCCGCAGGCUCACGCGCGUGGCGGUGAGACACCUGCGGCGCAAGGAGUGGCGGCGGCUCGUCAAGUUCCUGCCGAGCCUCACCGCCGUGGUGUUCGUGGACGGGGGCCGGAUGUACAAGACCAAGUACCUGGAGAACCUGUCGCGGUUCCCCGACCUGAGGGACGUCGGGGUGCGCAACGCCACCUGGGACGAGCCGAUGUUCGGCUGGAACCUGAGCGCGCUGCUGCGCCAGCGGCUGACUCACCUGAGCGUGUGCAACGUGCGGCUGCCGUGCGCGGCGGAGUUCAUCCGCGCCGCGUCGCACCUGGUCAACCUGCGGUACCUGCUGUUCCACCAGCAGGGGGACGCCUACGGGCUGGACACCGUGAGGCCGGUGCCCCGCGACGUCUUCCACCACCUGCUGCUGAGCCUGAAGCAGCUGACGCACCUGUCGUGGGGGAUGAGGGGGGAGCCGCCGGAGCCGCUGUCCGAGGACUACCUCAGCCCGCCGGACCCGGACCACCCAGGAGGACUCUCGUACGGCGGCCCGGCGCUGACCAGCCUGGAGCUGGUCGAUUACCCAGAAACCAUCCUGCCGCAGCACGCGCUGAGGAGCCUGACCUCGCUGAGGUCGCUGACCGUGCGCUACAGGUACAUCCGAGAGGGCGUGGAGUGUCGCCUCCCGUCCUGGCUGAGCCCCCUCCAGCAGCUGGAGACCCUCGCCAUCAUCGGCGGUAACUCCCUCGCCGUCUACACCACCACCAUCCCGUCCAGCGUGACGCGCCUCACGCUGCGCGUGGCCAUAACCCUGAAGGACAUGGACUCCAUCGCGCCCAAGGUGCCGACGCUGGAGCACCUGGACAUCGAGCAGAACCGCUCCAGCGGCAGCCUGUGCAGACGGAUCCCCAUGCUGUUCCCCCAGCUCCGGACGCUCCGGAUACGGUUCUUCCGCAGAGAGCCGGAGAAGGACCUGCUGAGCCUCCACCGGCUGCGCCACCUGGUGCAGCUGGAGCUGCUGGUGGAGCGCUCCUUCAUCCUGCGGGACUACCUGAACGGGCAUCCCUGGCCCAGCCCCUGCGUGAAGGAGCUCAUCAAGCAGCUGCGGGAGCUCUCUGAGAACCGCAUCACCGUCAUCACCACCAUGCGCCAGAGGAGCCCGCUGAGGGAGUGCGACUGCGUGUGGGAGGGCGACUGAUGGAGGAUUUAAGCACUUCUGUUCCUCCUGAAGAACAAGAAGAAGAAGGAGGAGGAGUCUCCACCACAGGUGGGAAUGAAAGGUACGGAGAGGAGCUGCUGAGGAGCUCCAGACUCUCAUCAUGGAGCCUGAACACUAGAAGAAAGGCUGCCAUGUUUUUACAUACAUGUACACCUACAUAUACGUAUAAUGUUGUUAUGACAACUGAUUCAUGGACUUCUCAUGUGGAACAUCUGCACAGGUUCUGCCUUUAGUUUGUUAUUGAUCGAGUUAUUGAUAUUUAGUAAUAAUUGUACUAAAUUAACCACAAAUCUAAAUACAAGGGAAGUUUUGUUUAUUGGAAACAAUAAUAAUAAUAAGAGGGCAUGCUGACAUUAAUCUGGUUGUUUAAUGUCUUCCUUUACAGAGAGUUUAACAUAUUUUUCAUCUUUUUAUUUUAUGUAAUAUCAAUUAAUUAAGUCCAAAAAUGAUUUAAUUCAGUUUAUUAUUAUUAUUACCAAAUUAAACUUAAAAAAAAGAAAUAAGAUGAUAACCAAGUAAUGAAUCUAUUUUAUUUAUUUCUCUUCAUUAAAGUAGCAGAUAAAUGGAGCUGGACUGUAAGUCAGCAGCAGCUGAGAGACUUGAUUAUUUUGUUGCUUUUAUUUUAUUAUUCGCAAAGCAGUUAAAUGUAUGGAGGAUAUUAAAUUAAAUCAUGGAAAAAUAUUUGCAAAAAUGACAAAUAUUCUUGAUUAAAAGAGCUCUUUUCAUUUUAUUGUUAUGUUUUUGAUUCCUUGUUCAUUUUCUUGUAGAUGUUUUAAUUAAUUAGAUCAAAUCAUCUGCACAUUAAAGAUGAUUCUCGUUGCAUGAGGAGGUUUUCGAAAAAUCAACCUUUUAUAUUUAAAACAGUUUUUUAAAUGUAACAUGUUUUUAAAUAUAUAUAUAAUAUUAUAUAUAAUGUAUAGAUUUUUUAUUACAGGACUUUUCUGGCACAAUUUUUACCAUACAGUGAAAAUGUAACUGCAUAUAUAAUAUUAUAUAUAUUUAUUAGUCAGUCCAUCGAUCUAUAUCUCUAUACAUAGAUCUGUACAGAGUUAUCAAAUGGCUUUAUAACGUAGAAAUUAUCAAAUCAACAGAUGUUGAUCUUUUUAAUUCAUAUCAUUAAACUCAAAAACAUUC